CGUGUCGUAAACUUGAUCAUUUUGGUGUUCUAAAGCAUAAUAGAAUUAUAAAAAAUUGCCUUAGUGUAAAGAAUGCGUGUGCCAGAGUGCUUCCGGAUAAACUACAAAUAUGGUUAAAGUAAUUCUACUAAUGUUUGUGUGUUUUGCGCUUGCGGCCUUCGCUACAGCUAAUAAACUCUUAAGUCAUGAAGAGUCACCAAAGCCAGAAACAAAUAAUAUUGUUGAGGCAGGUGUAACGCAAACGCAACUCAGGAGUUUAGAAGUAAUUCUUGGAGAACUACAUCAAGCAAUCGGAACGAUUCUUGAACACGACAUGAUGUACGAUCAAAAAAGAGUCAUUGAAGAUAGCUACAGACAAACCUUCCGUAUUGGCAAGGGAAGCAGCAACAUUAAUUAUGAAACAGUCAAAAACCACUGCCAAGACUAACACAUUUCAUUGAUUAUUUUAUAUUAAUGGUAAUUAACUAACUUGUGUAUAUUUUGUAUGUAUAAUUAAAAAAUUAUUG